GUGUCUCUGGCUAGCAGUACCCUGGGUCUAGCAGGUCAGGUUGUUCACACUGAGACGACUGAGGUGAUUCUGCUCAGUGACUCUAUCAUGGGGUUUGGUAUCCAGCUGCAGGGGGGGGUGUUUGCCACAGAGACCCUAUCCUCACCCCCGCUCAUCGGCUAUUUGGACCCAGACAGUCCUGCAGAGAGGUGCGGGAUUUUGCAGAUAGGUGACCGUAUCCUGUCUAUAAACGGGAUCCCUACAGAGGACAGCACCUUGGAAGAGACCAAUCAGCUACUGAGAGACUCCAGCAUCACCAGCAAGGUCUCGCUGGAGAUAGAGUUUGACGUGGCAGAGUCAGUCAUCCCUAGCAGUGGCACCUUCCAUGUGAAGCUACCAAAGAAGCCUGGGGUGGAGCUGGGGAUCACUAUCAGCUCUCCGUCCAGUAGGAAACCUGGGGACGCUCUCAUCAUCUCCGACAUCAAGAAGGGCAGCGUGGCUCACAGGACUGGUACUCUGGAGCUGGGGGACAAGCUGCUGGCCAUCGAUAACAUCCGCCUGGACAACUGUUCCAUGGAAGACGCUGUUCAGAUUCUCCAGCAGUGUGAAGAACUGGUCAAGCUCAAGAUACGCAAGGACGAGGACAACUCAGACGAACAGGAGCUGUCUGGAUCCAUCAUCUACACGGUGGAGCUGAAGAGAUAUGGAGGCCCGCUGGGGAUCACCAUCUCAGGCACAGAGGAGCCCUUUGACCCCAUCGUCAUCUCCAGCCUCACCAAGGGAGGACUGGCCGAGAGGACGGGAGCGAUCCACAUCGGGGACAGGAUCCUAGCCAUCAACUGUAACAGUCUGAAGGGUAAACCACUGAGUGAAGCCAUUCACCUGUUGCAGAUGGCUGGAGAGUCUGUCACACUGAAGAUCAAGAAACAGGGAGAACUGGCCAGUCCCAAGCAGCCGUCGGUGUCUGGUCAUCUCAGUGAUGUGAUGCUGAGUGAUGUGGAGGACGAGGCAGGGUUAGGCGGGCUGGGAGGCCAGGCAGAGAGCCAGAAACUUGGGAAGCUCUCUGACCUCUACUCCACCACCAUCCCCUCUGUGGACUCAGCCGUGGAGUCCUGGGACGGCUCGGCCAUAGACACCACCUUCAACACCCAGG